AUGAAGAAUAUAAACUCCAUAUUUAUAGUAUUAGAGGUAGGCCCAGUGACACUGACGAAAGAAGCAAGAGAAGUGCGAACAUUACGGGUUGCCGAUGCCACUGCUUCUGUUAAUCUUUCCGUUUGGGAUGAGCCUGGUGCACUGUUACAGCCUGGUGAUAUUAUACGCCUCACGCGAGGCUAUGCAUCUUUAUGGCGCUCCGCUCUUACUCUUUAUUCGGGUAAAUCUGGUGAUAUCCAAAAAGUGGGAGAGUUUUGCAUGCUGUUUAAUGAGCAGGUGAACAUGAGUGAGCCUCAGCCGGUUUCUCCAGCUCCACCUCCCGGUACACAACCGCCAAACGAUCGUAGUAAUGGGGCUCACCCUGGGCCCCGUUCUUUAAUGCCCAACACACCUGCAGGUGGGCAGGGGACUCAACAUAAUCCUCCUAAGCAAGAGCGCUUUGGCGCAGGGGCUCCACAGGAACACUCAGGGAAGCAUGCCCAUAAGACUUAUGUUAGAGGCAGGGGCCAGCAGCGAGGUAAUAACCGCAGGUAG